GCUUUCGUAGGCGCCAUAUUCCAUUUAGCUAUGCUUAUUGUGCAUCGGCGUGUGUUGGCGCCGUGUUAAUAUUUAUGUUUGUGAUGUGAGGACGCCUUCGCUUCGUUUGGUUGUAAUUAUGCUAAUGCCAAUUCUGUGAGUGUCCCCUGUAUGUCGGUGCCGGUACCGUGGUCAUCGCAGUUAGUGCAACGGAUAGAAUUGAACCCUCUGACCUAUCAGAGGGGCAGUCCCUCGGUGGGACCAUUGUUUGCGCUUUAAUCGAACCGCGUACCCGGAAGCACCCUUCCUCCAUCAGCCACCACGAACGAGGUCAUCGCGAGGAGGGAGAAGUUGGUCCACGCCGGGGACAGGCCUUCCGCGGGUUCCGCGUGUAAACAGAGCGCCACUUGCUCUCUCUCUCUCUGUCUCUCGCUCCCUUUUUAACCCUUCAUUCUUCAACAAACGUAACUCGAUUCUCGACCGGAGGAACCGUCGUUUCGAAAGAUCCGCGUUGUCUGGGCAGUUGGUGUCGCGUGUUGUCGUGUUUCUAAAACGUUGCAUUUCCUUUGUUUCCUAUACUUUUCGGCCCAAUAGAAGAAGAAGAAGAAGCAGAAGAAGUGGUUCACGGUUCAAUGGCGAGCUGACGAGACAGCACCAGCUCGGUUCUCCAAAAGUCCGCAACGGAGCGGAAUGAUGCCGAAAGAAUGGCCGCCCGCCAGCAGUAGAGCGAAAACUCGGUGACGGAAACGUGAGACAGUGCGCGAAAGCAGCUGCUAAACGCCCCAAAAACGCGAUCGUUUACGCUCGGCUUAUCUUGACUCUGCGGAAGCAGUCCGUCCGGUGGUUCAGAGAGUGCAUUUUUUUAUCGGUGUCCCCAUCCCCUUGCGUGGUCACCGCGUGUUUACAAUCUCAGCAGUAAAACCUGGAACCAAAGAAACCGCGAGUGUAGGACGGCAGGCACUAGCUGUAAAGCCCACGAUCAUCAUGGCCCAUUUCUCCAUCACCGAAAUGCCCACGGAUCUGAAGGUGACCGAUACGUUCCCGAAGAGUGGCCGCGUGACUGAAGUGUGUAAGGAAUGGAUAGUGCGAGAAGACGGAGCAUUGGCCUAUCAGCUUCAGAACCAAGAAAUUAGUGAGCAUUAUAGAGGCAAUAAGCAACGAAACCAAAUCGUGCGCCAGGACUUCCCGACCGCACUCACGGAACAGAUACGCGAAAAGCAGGAUGCGGAGCGACAGGCAGCGCUUUAUCAUCAAAUGAUCAACGAGCAAGAAGAAAUGGACGCCAAAGUUGCUCGUGAGAUAGCGGAAGAGCUGCAACGGGAAGCACAGCUCAAGCGCCAGAUGGAAGCCCAACGAAGUGAAAUGCUCGCGCGAAAGCUCCAGGAACAGGCACAUCUGGGUGAACGGAGGCAGCCACCGAAUGGUUCAGCGGGACCUUCCUCCAGCCGGCAGCACCUCGAACACGACCAAAACGCUUAUCCACUGCCACCACGAACACACCCGAAACCGACUGCCGCCACUCACGGGACAUCGUCACAGUUUCUGGCCCAUUCACCACCGCCCGUUGCUAACCAAAUGAAUGCCGGAUAUCGUUCGAACGGUACCCAUCCACAGCAACCUGAUCUACACUACGCUUCGCUGGAUCUGAACUCUCCGAAGCGUCCGCCACCGCAACCAAUCUUUCACGAUGGAGGUGCAGGAGCAGGAGGAGAUCGUUCGGUAUCAUCAUCGAACUACCGUGAACCGUUUCCAUCUACAUCCGAACCGCAUCGCCGUGCUGCUCCCGUUGCAAAUUAUAAUCAAUACUCGGACGAUGAAUCAGCGGAACCAAUCGCAACCAAUGGUGCAGCAUAUGCAAACAUUAAUCUUCACUCACACACUCCGGAAAAGAAGCAACCGCAAGCGGCACCGAGCCACCGACCUGCACUACCACGAACUCAUCAGCUACCACUAGCUGACCACGUGGACAGCAUACGACCCUACGAUAUGCCUCUGACCGAUGGUAGCUAUACAGCCUACCCGAUUUCCCCGGAUACGAUGAACAAUAUCUCCGGUUCUGCAUCGGGCAGCAGAUCUCAUGCAUAUCAAACACAAACAUCUCCAGCACCGCCACCAGUGGCAACGCGCUACGCACAUAACAUACGUGAGCCGGCGGCCGAACCAGAGUAUCAAAACAAUACAAACUUCAACAAAAUGUCCCCAGAGAAGUAUGUGGUUCCCGGCGUUCCGCUUUCGUCGAGAGCGAUGAUGGCUGCCAGUGAGAAUGGUUCGUAUCGUGGAGGAGAGAUGAUUAUGGGUGGUGAACCGAGUAGUGGUUACCGUCGAGCCGAAGCCGGUAUGCAAAGGAAUGCCAAUCCCAUCAAUUACAAUCUGUACGAUGACGAUGAUAUUAACGAAGGGCUGGCAUCCGCCAUCAGUAGCCACAUUGAUGGACAGCAAGCUUCUUCAUCGAGAUACGGUACUCAACAGCAAUUUACUCAGCACAUCGGACUGCCGGUUGAGCUCGCUCAGAAUCAAGCAAGCACUAGCAGCACCUCAAACAGUCGCUCUGAGAGCAAUACUGCAGGAGGUGCGAUGCCAAAAUCGAUGGUUGCAUCGUCCGGGAAUGUACACAAUCUUCAUCACCAUCAUCAUCAUCAGCAGCAGCAGCAGCAGCAAGCUUCCUCUUCACAACUUUAUCAAAAUCAUCCUCUCCAAGUUUCGCAACUGCACCAGCAACCAAAUUCAUCCCAUGCCUCACCGAGUCACUCGAAGCACAGUAGCUAUGAUAAGACCGAUCGCAUUAGAACCCUGCAGGAUCUUGGGCUGGCUCCCGAUGAGAUACAGGAGAUUGAUCAGCGACUCGAGCAGGAACUGCGUGACGCGGAACUGGCACGUAAGCUGCAGGAAGAGGAAGGUGAUGGCUUGGAUCAAGAGUUUAUCGAUCGCAAAGUAGCGAUGGAGGCGCAAGACAAAGAGCUUGCAAAAAUGCUGCAAGAGCGCGAACGUGCGAAAGCAAAACGGGCUCGAGAGAAAGCUCGGCUCAAGAAGGAAAUGCGUAUGCAGCAGCAGCAACAACACCAGCAAUCCCCAGGGACGGAUGGCAGUGGCCCGAUGGAUAGUGAAUCGCCUCCCAGAGAUCCUCUCACUGUUACUAGUGAUGCAGGACAGGACGUUGUAGGCGAUGCUUCUUACUCCAAUCCGAUCGACAUGCUUCAGAACCAGCAGCAACAACAAAGAGCAUUAGGGACGGAGAGCUCCGUUGCUGGUUCCUCUCGGCCAUUCUACGGUGCACCGAUGCCAGCACCGGUUGGUUCGCAAGAGGUUCACAACAAUGGUCACUAUCAUCAUCGUGCUCAGGGAAGCAUAUCAUCCCACGGUUCUGGCUCUGGCAGUCAGCAUCCCACUCACCAUCAGAACGUCCAUCUUCCGGGUUCUCCACCGAUGCCGAUCAGUGACGAGAACUACUCCAAUCCGAUCGAUAUGAUCAAGCAGCAAAAGCAACAGCAGCAGCUUUUGCUUCAGCAGCAACAACUACAGCACCACCAGCAACAGCGGGUUGGACCAAAUCUGAAGCUCUCCGCUAACGUACAGCGAUUGAUAGAGAAUGGUCGUAAGGAUGAUGAAAUCUAUGUUCUACCGGUUUCGGACGAUGGCGCUCAUCCAUCGGACAUGGAAUUGCAAAGUUCGCAAAGGAGUCCACAACGAGCUAUUAUGGGUGAUGGACGUGGGUCGGGUGAACGAGGUGGUCGCAUGAUGUCUUCUCCCGGGGCAAGAAAUCCACAUUUGGAUGAUAAUGUCGCUACAAAGAUCGAUCCUACGUUUGCCGCAGCCAGCAGCAUGACCGGUUCCUUGAAUGCCAGCACUAUCUCCAAUUCACUAACGACUUCCUCUCCUGCCGCUCAUUCAUCACAACCAGAUAUACUCGAGUUCUCCGAUCCCGGUUCGUCUAGUCCUGUGCCACCAUACAUGCCGAUACAGGGUACCCGCCGUAACAACACCGCCGAAGGCAAAAAGCGUAAAUCGAAGGAACGUUGCGCGCAGCAGUAGCCGGAACGGAUCUAGAAUGUAACUACUUGUAAGGAAGUUUUUCGGUUUCGUGCUCGAAUCAGAUACCAGGAUUCAGAACUGCGUCGGAAUGAAACAAUCAAAAUGAAGAUAGAUUAUGAAUCUAAGCAAUGAUGAACUAUUUAUGUAUGAAAAAAAAACCCAGGCUGAUGGAGGCAUGCGAGGUUUGUAACCGUCCAGGGAUGGUACUUUAUUUAAUAAAAGCCAAGGUAUAUUCUUCUUUUUGAAA